AUGGCCCGGGGGGGCGGGGGGUCCUCGGGCUGUGCCCCUGGGGGGGAAAAACCCCUCAACUUCGUGCCUCCCCCAGGGCACGGGGACUGUCCCCCCCGGUCAUCGGAGCAGCUCCAAAAUGGUGAUCUAUGCCUUCUGCUUACAAAGCACACAGAAAUAAAUUGGUGCUGUGGACUCUGUGGAGUGGCUGAAAGAAAUGUUACCCUGAGAAUGAAGCAAUAGAACACCUCCCUGCAGAACCGUAUGAUUGAGAACGCGGUCCAGCCCUCCUCUGCUGCCGGACAUGCUUUUGUCCUCCUGCCCCGCUUACCCCCUGUUGCUGUAAUACAGAUGGAUCGUAGCAGAGAGGCAGAAAUGGAGUUACGGAGAUCUUCCAGCCCUGGCAAGCUAAGCAAGAAUGACGUGGAUGCUGACAAGACCAUGUGCCACAGCUGUUGCAUAUGCGGUAAAAGUUUCCCUUUUCAGAGCUCCCUGUCGCAGCACAUGAGGAAGCACACAGGUGAGAAGCCCUACAAAUGCCCUUACUGUGAUCACAGAGCUUCCCAAAAGGGCAACUUGAAGAUUCACAUCCGCAGUCACAGGACAGGCACUUUAAGUCAGGGGCACGAGGCAGAGAUGGGAGAGGCACAGCUGGGGGAGAUGGGCGUUUCGGAGGGCCUUGGCGGGUGCACCAGCCCCACUAAAAGCACGUCUGCCUGCAACAAGAUCUUGAAUGGUACCGCUCCGCUCGAUAGCAGCAAGAUCUUGUUGAGAAGCAGCAAGAAGGAGGUCACAGAGAUGGCAUCAGCAGAGGAGGAUGACAAGCUGACCUCUUACCAGUGCACCUUCUGCAAAAACAAAUUCGAAAGGAAGAAGGACCUGGAGCAGCACCUUCACCAGGUGCACAAACCAUUCAAGUGCAGGUUGUGCAGCUACAUGACCCUGAGGGAGGAGACGCUGUUAAACCACAUAGAGAAAGACCAUAUAACAGCUCAGGUCCCCAAUGGGGAGACCUACACCGAGAACUGCAAGAGCGAGCUGAAUGUCGGCGAGUUCCCGUGUGAAGUCUGUGGUCAGACCUUUAGUCAAACCUGGUUCCUGAAAGCUCACAUGAAAAAGCACAGGGGGUCAUUUGAUCACGGGUGCCAUAUUUGUGGCAGGAGAUUCAAGGAGCCCUGGUUUCUCAAAAACCACAUGAAGUCGCAUGGCCCCAGGUCUGGCAGCAAAAACAAACCAAAAAAUGAUUUGGAGCUGAUUGCCACUAUCAAUGACGUGAUACAAGAGGAGACAAUUGUGACCGGCCUAUCUCUGUAUGAAGUUUGCACCAAGUGUGGAAAUCUGUUUACAAAUAUGGAAAGCCUGAAAGUGCAUAACGCUGUUCACUACCGUGUGCAGCCGGGCAGCACCGGGGAUAAAGCUGAGGGCUUGACUGAUGGGAGCCUGAGCUCCUCGGUAACCAAGCAGUUUUUCUUGCAGUGUCUCAAUCUACGGCCAUCUGUGGGGCUGGAUAGAGUUACGAGAGGACAGCCUGGGAAAAGAGUAGCUGAGCUGGAUCCGGUCAGUAGCUACCAAGCUUGGCAGCUGGCCACCAAAGGAAAAGUAGUGGAGCCCUCAGAGUAUGUGAAGUAUGUGGGAUGGGAUGAGGCCCUGGCAGACGCAGACGUGACUUACGACAAGGAUAAGAGGGAGUAUAUCCUUGUCAACCAGGAGAAGCGCAAGCGGGACCAGGACUCACCCAGCAACCCCAAGAAGAAGAGCUGCACCAGUGGGCGCCUGGAGAAAACUGGUAGUGUCCCAGCGGGGGAGAGCUGCCCGCUUGGCCCCGGGGAUCUGGACUAUCGCCCUGCCUCGCGGCAGAGCCGGCGGGCCACCCAGAACAAGUCCACGGAGUGCUUCGAGUGCGGGAAGAUCUUCCGCACCUACCACCAAAUGGUGCUGCACUCGCGGGUGCACCGCAAGGAGCGGAGGAGCUGCAGCGAGGGCGGGACAGCCGCCCAGCCGGACCGCUACGGCUCCAGCAGUGAGGAAGGGGACUCGGGGUCCGUCAGCGGGCCCAGCACUCCUGGCUCUGCAUCUGCCCCGGAGGACUCAGCCACCUCUGGCUUGGGAGAGGAGGGGGCUGAGGAAAGCUCGGAGGAGGGAGCAGCCAAUCCCUUGCUAGAUGGAAAGCCAUACCACUGCAACUUCCCCGAAGAGCAGACCCCAAUGAUAACAUCUCCAUUGGAUGAACUCCCAAAGGUGGGAGGCCGCAACGCCAGAGAGAAUGAGUCCAGGGAAUCUAAACCAGAGAUUCCUGCUCUGGUCUCAGCACUGGAGAGUGUCAUCAAGGAACCCUUUUCAAAAUACCAAGGUUCUGCAGACAUAAAGAUGCCAGUAUUUCAUCACAGCCAAGGGCUUCCUUGCUCCAGUCACAUUGCUAGCUUUGCUUCGGGUAUGGGCCAGACAUCUUUAGACAUGGUCAUGGACUUGAAAACGUCACUUGAAGUGCAGGCUAGUCGUGCUAGAGAAAAUUUGCUAGACUUGCACAGGGAGCAUCCUCUGAUAGAAAAAGGUGCUGAAGCUCUAGAGAUAGCUCCACUCGAUUUGAGUGAAAAAUCAACAAGGGAUAAUUCAUGCAAUAAAUAUCUAAAUACGUCCUUGCAGGCUGCUUUAAUUGUCUACCCGUGUCCUUUCUGCAGUCACAAGACCUACUACCCUGAAGUCCUGUGGAUGCACAAAAGAAUUUUGCACAAAAUCAGCUGUAACUCGAUGGUACCCCCGUGGGUUCAACAAAACGGAUUCAAGAGUAUUAAAACCAACCUGGUCUUUCUGGCGAGGAAUGGGCGCACUGGCCCCCCUCCUGUUCUCGGUGGUAAGGAAUGCCAGCCUUUGCCCAUUGCCAGAUUUACACGUACUCAAGUGCCAAGUGCAUUGCCAGGUUCCAAACCCAGCUCCCUUUCUGUCGGGAUGGCUGCAAAGUCCGGGAGUACGCAUCCGUCAAAGGACAGUCACGCGCUCGGCCACUGUGGUUCACGUGUGCCAGCUCUGGAUGGGUACAGACAGCCCAAGCUAAACCAUUCCCAGGAGCAGUACAGCACAGCAGCACAACAAAAAAGCAAAUACGAAGCAAAUUCCAAACAAAUGGGAACCUACGGCAGAAGCAUCACACCUACUCAAACAGUCAUAUCCAGGCCUAGCACGCAGCCCAGCAACAGUAAGCAAAUGGAAAAGUAUGUGGUUCCCCAAGGAAGUACUGGUUUUGCCUCUCCAGGUAAGCACUGUGCAGCCGACUCCAUGAAGGCCAAAUACAACCCCCCUCUGCAGUACCAUCCUCUGUGUAAGAGUGAGCCGUACCCUAAACAUGAAGAGCCGUCGGUGCCUCAGAGGGAGCCUCACGUGAAGGCUGGAAAUGAGAUGAGGACAUUGGCAAACUGCACAGCAGUAGCACGAGCCAGUCCAGCGCUGCAGCCUCAGCCUGGUGCCGUGGGAGUUCCUCCGGCUUUGCACUCCAGCAAACAGGAUCUGGGAUCAGAUGGGCAUGAGAAACAUUUGGACAUUUUAAAUAUCUUUAAAACAUACAUUCCAAAGGACCUUGCUUCACUGUACCAAACCUGUGGUGCCAACAGCCCUGUCCUAGAUCACACAGGGAUGCUCAGGACACAAACACGCCAAGGAGACUGUGUCUGCAGAGAAUGUGGAAAAUGCUUUACCCAACCCAGCCACCUCAGGACCCAUCAGAGGUCCCACACAGUGGUAUUUGAGUCUAAUGGACUCCGAGGUACUGAAGUUCACACCACCUCCGCAGAUGCCCCAAAACAAGAAGAACUCAAUCCGACUCUGUGUCAGCUGGUUCAAAAUGUGACCACACCUUGGGAUGGGGAGAGACCACGGCAGCGCAGAGGUCACCCACAUGCUGCAUCUCCGGAAGGGAACCUAGAUCCCGGGCGGAGGAGCCCCGGCAGCCCCCCGCGCUCCAGAGCAUCCCCCUGCCAGCCGUCGCCGCACCCGGAGCUGCCGCGCGAGGCUGGGAGCAGCGCUCUGCCAGGAGGGGGGUGCCUCCGCGCUGUUAAUCAUCUUAAAAUAAAUGAAGAUGCUACACGAGAUAUAUAUAAAUUGACGUACUAAUCAGUCCCAUGGUUCCUUAUUUCCUUUAUAAUAAACAGUGGAGUUGGCAAGCGCUGUGGCGGCACGAGGCAUCUAUAUUAAUCAAGAGAAGUUUGAGACACUGGAAAAAUUAAACUUUAUGUGAUUUGGACAGCAUGAAGAAGUUAAGCACUGUAACAAAAACCUCCCUGAUGCUCACAAUGACUAUUUGAUACAUUUGAAAAACAGCAGUGGAUUCGAGGGCUGGAGAAGUAUUAAUUAAUGAAACUGCCACUGCCUGUCAUGCUGAAAAGCAAAUUAAAAAAAAAACAAAAACAACAGUGAGAUGAAGAAUGGGGGGUGCAGGGAAAAGGUGGCAUUCGGUGCUGAGAAAGCAAUGCUUGAUGAAGGAUUAAAGGGACUAAAGAGAAAGACCGUCAUUCUGCAAUGGUUUGUUUCAUUACAGUUUGGGGACCACUUGCAUUUCUAGUGCUCUUGCUCUUGACUGCACACCAUUAAUAGUAUGUGAAUAUGGAAAUUGAAACACUUCCCGAGAAAAGCUUCUAUUCUGCUUUGGAAAAGAAAAGCUAGUUGAACACUAAGGAAAAAAAAACAGGCUUCUGUGUUUUACUCUCAGGACCUUUUUUUGUAACAGGGCUACUUUCUUCAACCUGGUCACAAAGGAAGUCUUCACUUAAUGAAAAAUAAAAAGGAGAAAAUAAAACAUUCAGCUGUCUAACACUGCUGAUCUGUCUGUUUAGAAGAGAAAAGGUGUCACUGAAUGGAUUCAGGCAGCCCUGGGGCCAUAAGGUGCUCUCUGCUCCUGCCUUUGGUUCAGCAGACCAGCUGCUGCUCCUCCUUGGGCCCACUGAUGUUCUGGAAAGACGAGGAACUUCUUUUGUGGUGGCAGGUUAAUGUUCAUAUAAAUGUGUCAUGUCUUGUACUUGGUGAUCACUGGUGGUGUUAGGAAAAAAAAAAAAAAGAAAAAAAAAGCUUUAUAUACCUCUUCUACAGUAACUCUUUAACUGCAAGUUUUCAAGGUGGGGUUGUGGCACAUAACAGGUUGUUAAACCAUGCAGUGUAAGCAAUUAAAAAUGUAUUCCACAGAUAUAAAUAUUUUCUUUUCUUAUUGCUGUGACACUAUGUGUGAUGGUAAUAUUUCUGAAAGUUUCAGAUUUUGCACAUAUAAUUUUAUGCAUUAUCAAAAGUUACUGCUGCCUUGAAAGAAAACGUUCUGUGAAAAUUUUUGCAAAAGCUUUACUAGUUUGUUUGUUUUUUUUAAAUUGUAACAUUUUGUAAAGGCAGGAAAUGGAGUUAAAAAAACAACUAGCAUGCUAAAUAUAUUUUUCAAAAAAGCAAUAAUUUUACAUGUACAGAAAUGAUGCUAACCUUUAAUACAGGUGAGACCACAGUUUACUUAAUACAGUAAUGGGAUAGUGCUGUUUUUGUAGAAAUGAGCUUCUGACAAAAGAUUUGUUAAAAAAAAAAAAAGAAGAAAAAAACCUUAAAACUUGAUCUUUCUGUUCUAACAGUUCUAACAGGCGGGCAGGGGGGUUGCUUUUAAAAAAAAAUCUAGUCAGUAAUUUGGGCUGGAUACUACUUGUUACUUGUUUUGAAUUACUUGACAGGUUUUGUUACUUUGCAACACUUGCAACAAUGCAAAUUAACUUUCUUACUCAUUUUUUUAAACUAGAUCUUCCUUGUGCUAUUUCACGAGAUGUAAACCAGAAUUCUCUGUAAGUCUCGGUGUAGUUAGGAAUGUCUGUGCAAGUACUUAAAGGCGAUUGUGAUUAACUGUUCUCUGAAGUUAUUUUGAGGGAGGUCGCAUAGACACAUUCCAUUGUACACCAAAAAAGAAAAAAAAAAAAAAAAAGAAAAAAUUAAAUAUUUUGCUGUGUUGCUUAAUGAUUAUCAUUUUGGGUUUGCACUAGCUUUCUCUUUGUUUUUGAUUUUUUUUAAGUUCUUUUUUUCUUUUGUUGCUUUUCUGUGUCAUAUUUUUCAUGAGAGAAGGUUAUGGUGACAGUUCAGGAAUGCAAAAAAGCUAGUUGCUUAACCUGUUUGUUUGUGGUUUAGUUAUUAAAAACUCUUCUAUACCCAAAAUGGCACAAAAGUGUAGUGUACAUUUGUAAAUUCUCUCUUUUUAUAAUUAUACUUUUUUGGCAAGCUGAUCUAGAAAAUCUGAGUUAAUAUUUAGAGCCAAAAUCUUCUUUCUGGAAUUUUCUUCCCAAAUUCUUGCCAGAGAAGCUAGUGCUGUCACUGCCAUUGCCAGGGUACUAAUCAGCAAAGUUUACAAUCAUAAUUUAGCUUCAUGAAGAACAACAGUAGGGGAAAUCAGUUUAAAUAAUUAUAUGCUGUGUAUAGCACAGAAGUGAGAUUUUCACUUAAUUAAACAAGAAAUAAGAGUGGGUGAGGGAAAACGAACCUUAAGGACCAUCUGUUUUUGAAAGUGAUUCCCACUUUUUCUGGGUUUUUUCUUUUAUCAUUGUAUUGUAUUGAUUUGUUAUUUUAGUUAGACCAUAGUAUUUAAAAUGAGUUGUGUUCUUAUUUAUUUAGUCAAAUGGGCUUUGAUCAGCUCUUUUAAGCAACGUGAUAAGUUUUUUUGGCAUGACACACUCCUGUAAAGCCCUUUUAUGACUGUUACAGGGACUUUCUACUACCUCUACCAAUCUACUGUUUCUUCUUCUUAACAGGUUUUUAUGGUGUUGCAAGUCUAAUGUAACUUAGACAAUAAAGGGUUUGAUUA